AUGCAAUACAAGAGACUUUCUCCGGGUCGUCUUAGCCCUGGAGAUGAGGGCUACCCGGCCUUUUCUGUUAAUAUCUUUGGAGACCAAGUGACUGAAGAGAGGGCUGAGAACGCCAGAUUGUCGGCCUUCGUGGGAGCCAUCGCCGUUGGUGAUCUGGUGAAAACCACUCUAGGCCCCAAGGGAAUGGACAAAUUGCUCCAGAGUGCUUCCACUGGUGAGGCUGUGAUGACCAAUGAUGGAGCCACGAUUCUGAAGGCGAUCCCAUUGGACAACCCUGCUGCCAAAGUGUUGGUUAACAUCGCCAAGGUGCAAGAUGACGAGGUUGGAGAUGGAACCACCUCGGUGACAGUUUUGGGCGCUGAAUUACUUCGCGAGGCUGAGAAGUUGGUUGACCACAAAAUCCACCCCCAAACCAUCAUUGAAGGCUACAGGUUGGCCAAUAAGGCCGCUGUUGCCGCUCUGGACCGUGUCGCCGUCGACAAUGGCACAGACUCUGCCAAAUUCAGAGACGAUCUUAUAAAUAUUGCCAAGACGACCCUUUCGUCCAAGAUUUUGUCGCAGGAUAAGGAAUACUUUGCGAAACUCGCGGUUGAUGCUGUGUUGAGACUGAAGGGCUCCACUAACCUGGACCACAUCCAGAUCAUGAAGAUCGUGGGUGGAAAACUUGCAGAUUCUUACCUUGAUGAAGGAUUUAUUCUGAAUAAACGCUUUGGGGUCAACCAACCCAAGAAGAUCGAAAAUGUCAAGCUUUUGAUCGCCAAUACCUCCAUGGACACCGAUAAGGUCAAGAUCUUUGGAGCCAAGUUCAAGGUGGAUGCCACCAGCAAACUGGCGGAUCUGGAGAAAGCAGAACGCGAGAAGAUGAAGAGUAAGGUGGAGAAAAUCAAGGGCUUCAACAUCAACUGUUUUGUGAAUCGCCAGCUGAUCUACGACUGGCCCGAGCAAUUGCUUGCAGAUGCAGGAAUCAACUCGAUCGAACACGCUGAUUUCGAAGGUGUAGAGAGAUUAGCGCUGGUGACUGGAGGUGAGGUUGUUUCUACUUUUGACCAUCCAGAGAAGGUCAAGCUUGGGUACUGUGACUCCAUCGAGGAGGUGAUAAUCGGUGAAGACGUCAUGACCAAGUUUUCGGGAGUGGCCGCUGGAAGGGCAUGUACCAUCGUCAUUCGUGGUGCUACCGAGCAAGUUUUGGCAGAGGCCGAAAGAUCUCUCCAUGAUGCUCUUUCGGUGCUUUCGCAGACCACAAGAGAGACAAGAACAGUCUUGGGAGGUGGGUGCGCAGAGAUGAACAUGUCCAAGGCGGUUGACACUGCUGCCCAGAACGAAGACGGAAAGAAGUCGCUGGCCAUGGAGGCUUUUGCAAGAGCUUUGAGACAACUUCCCACGAUUCUGGCGGACAAUGCCGGUUUUGAUUCCAGCGAGCUCGUCGCCAAACUCAGAUCAUCUAUAUAUAACGGAAUGACCACCUCCGGUCUGGACCUUAACAAGGGUGUCAUUGCCGACAUGAGAGAAUUGGGCAUCGUCGAGAGCUACAAGCUCAAGAGGGCUGUCGUUAACUCUGCCAGUGAAGCCGCAGAGGUGCUGUUGAGGGUGGAUAACAUCAUCAGGGCCAAGCCCCGCACUGCGGGUCGUAACCAUUGA